AUGAAGUUGAGGAACAGCAUCUUUUGCAUCCUUCAGAUUAUUUUAUCCUGCCAUGUAUCAUCCACGACAUCUUUCUCAUCGUUUAAAGGACCAGCAUCGGCACUUGGAUCAACAAAGGCAGACUCUGUUCAUCAGAUUUGCAGAUCUGUUGAGGUCAAACAAUGUUCUAAAAUGUACAAUUCAACCUUCGUGAAGAAUUCUAACGAAGUCGCUUCUUGGAAAGAAACAAAUAGAAAAGUUAAUACAAUUUUAAACAGUUUUUCUCAAAAUAGUCGCGCUAUAAUCGCAUUCGUGUGCACGUUGUACCUUCCACCUUGUGUCGACAAAAACAGCGAUUUUGGCGGUACAGAAGGCAGCAAGGUAAACAUACUUUCCCAGCCAUGUAGACAAAUGUGUCAGCUCGCCACAGAGGAAGGUCAAAGGUUGCUCACGUCUGGAGCCCAGUUGUGGCCAGGGCAGUGCCAGACACUUCCAACAGAAAAUUGCAUCAACUUGAUUGGUGCCAACAAGAUAUUAUUUGUCGAGCAGUCCAUUUCAGCCGUUCCAAGCAAGACUUUGCAAAAAUCUAUCCCAGAGUUUGCACCCUUAGAUGUGGAAUUGGGAAAGGACGACGGGUUUGAGGUUGAGGUGAUCUCGUACUCCAACAAACGCAUCCCAGAGCGGCGCUACGACAUCGCAAACUUUGGUGACCCCAGUCUCUUUCAGGGCUGGGCAGAUGUCCAGGCCACAGGUGCAGCUAAUGAUUACUGCAGAGUUGUCGGGAAACUCAAGCGUCGAUUCUUGUCGUGUAACCUUGCCGGCAGCACAGGUCAAGGUCAUCACUAUGUAUCCAGACUUGGUUUUGAUCCUGGAUAUCAUCACACCUGGUUCAUGAGAGACAUGGAUGGUGAUGGGAGAGAUGACUAUUGCAG